GAUUUACUUCUGCUCUUCGCCCUCGUGGAGCUUGUCGCCCGUCGGUUGGUCCCAGACAGAGUAUCUUGUCGUCAUGUUCCAGUAGUAGAGCUUACCGCGGUUGUCCAGCGCGGAGCGCCAGUUGCCGAAGCGCUGUCCGAUAAGCACCACGUCGUCGUCCUCCUCCUCCUCCUGGACGGUCUUCACAUGGGUCUCCGGCAAUGGACUCCAUGGAAUGGUUCCCUCCAUGAUAUACUUGGCAUCGACCUUUUCCAGCUUCUUAAGUUCGCGCUUCAUGUAUUCGGCCAUGAUGCUGGCGAUACGCAGGCCCUCAGGCGUCUCAUUCUCGAGCAAAUGCUGAGCCACAGCUGUCUGGAGGGCGUUGGGGCCAUUCUUCAAGCCCUGGUCAUAGGCGAUGCAGGCGUUGAAGCAGACCUGCUGCACCUGCGCCAAGUGCUUGUUCACCGUCAGCUCCGAGAUGUUCUGGUAGCGGAUACGCACGACGGUUUCCUCCCAGAGGCGGUCGAACAUGAGCUCCUGCAUGAUCUUGCCCUGCUCAUCCUCCAGCGCCAAGCGGCGGUGCACCAGCCACACGUGCACCAUGAGCAAUGCCUGUUGCGCACGGAAAGAGCGCGAGAGUCCAAGUGCACGGUAGUAUUCUGGCCUGGCAGUGUGGUUCAUGCAGCUCUGGAACACGGCAGUCGAGUGACGGAACAGUCGGUCGUCCUCGUUCAGGAAGCCCAGCAUCUUCCACAACCAGUGCCACCGCUCAAUAGGAUUCUCACUCUUGGUCACAUCUACAUUCGAGGAGCGGCCGAUGAUACCACGGCCCGGAGAUGGCGGCGCGAUAUCCGUCUUGGCCCAAGCAAACUUGUGAGUGGCUUCCUUCUGUGCUGCGUUAGCGACGGAGGCAAGCGCUCUAACUGGCACCUGCGCCACAACGCGCUGUGAACGGAUAGACGAAGCGCCCAGGCCUUUUGUCGCCAAGGCCGCGCCGCUGCGCUGGCCGCAGGAAGCUGCUCUAGCCGCUCGUAUUGCUGCUGUCCGCAUAACUGGUCAAUCGAGAACUGAGACCACACGUGCUAAGUUCGUAUCCCAAAUGCGUACUUAACCGAUUGUGUGGUAAACAUAAAAUUGAGGUUGCAUAAACGAUGAAAUCUACCAGCACCAGCCAGUCAACCACCAGUUAGUGACGAGCAAUGGGACGCAAGGCGAGGCACAGAUCCCGCACGGGCGACGGCGGCGGAGAAAUUCGCCUGCGUAAGAGGCAACUGAAGGAGGCACAGCAGGCGCAGGAGGACGCAGAGCUGACGUUCUACGACGAUCCAUCUGAUAACGACAGCGACAGCGAGCAGGUUGAGUCAGAGGAUGACGAGCUGGCGGGUCAGGAGGUGCUGGAACUCGGCGGAGACGAGAGUGACGACGGAGACGAGGAAGAUGUGGCCAUGGAUGAUGACGAUAACAUGUACGACGCCGAUGCUGAGCGCAAGAAGGCGAUGCAGAUGGAAGGCAAGUGGGGCAAGAGCCGCAAAACCUUCUACUCAGCAGAUACAGCCGAGUACGAGCUCGAAUCGGACGAGGAGAUCGCCAAAGAUGAAGAAGAAGCCGCUCUCGAAUUGCAACGCAAACAGGCAGAGAUGAUGGACGACGAGGACUUUGGUAUCGACGCGCCUGAAGCUGACGGAGAUGAGGACGAUGAAGAGGAACAGGAGAACGAGGCAGCGCCGGUGGAUGACGAAGAGCUGGUUGAAGACCAAUUGGCUGAUAUUGCCACACUUGCUGACAAUGGUGCUGGAGGGGCAGAGACUGUAGAGCAAGUGCACAAGGACUUCUCCAAGAUGUCCAAGAAGGACAAGCUGCAGAUUGUGAACCAGUCGGCACCGGAGCUAUUGGGACUAAUGUCCGAACUCGAAUCAACUACGAAGGAGCUGGAAGAGAUCGUAACUCCAGCUGUGCUUAAACUGCGUCCCGUACGUCGAAAAUCUCGUCAGCUGCAGAUGGGACUGCGCUACUUGAUGACUCGCCAGAACCUGCUUCUAAACUACUCGGCCAACAUCUCGUUCUACUUGCUGCUACGAUCAGAAGGAAAAAGUGUGUCGGACCACCCUGUGCUGAUGCAUUUGCUGCUGUUAAAGAAGCAGCUGAACAAACUCCAGUCUCUAGACGAAGUAUUGAACAGCCAGUUGCAGGAUCUGCUCACGAAGGAGCUGCCACCCGAGCGAGAACCCAAGACCGACGACGGGCUCGACAAGUUCUUCGCCAAGUCGGAACGGAAGCGCAAUGCGAUAAGCCAACAAACUUCUGCCAAUAAGAAGCAGAAGAAAUCGACCGAAGUAUCGGCCGAAGAGAUGGCCGAGGCCGAGCGGUUCUACGAACAAACCGCGCGCCAGCAGGCAGAGCUCAAGAAGGCCAAGAAAGACUUCUACACGCACGAGAAUGCCGCUUUGGCGUCCAGCGACGAAGACAGCGACGUGGAGGAGGGCGCCAAGCGUGGCGCUUCGUACCAGAUAAUGAAGAACAAGGGUCUCAAGGCGCACAAGAGCAAGCUGAACCGCAACCCGCGUGUCAAGAAGCGUAUGCAGUACCGCAAGGCUGUUAUCAGAAGAAAGGGCCAGGUCCGCGACGUGCGUGUGGGCGAGGCUGGCAAGUACGGAGGCGAAUCCACGGGUAUCAAGUCGAACCUGUCUCGCAGUCGCAAGAUCCGCAACUAGCCUGGGCCAAACUCUGUGCACCGAUAAACAAAUACAUAGACUCUUUUGCAUCAACGCUCGCCUUGGCUGGAUGUUGUGUAGAAUGCUGUGUAUUUAACUCGUUGCUCAUCUCUCCACUCAUCCGUCACGAUGCAGCGCCGCUUACUUGUCGGCCUCAACGGGGCUCUCCCACAGCUUGUGCUCAAGGUAAACGGGGAUGACAGUGAGCUCGUCCUCGGCCUGCUCGAUCAGCUCUUCCAACUGUCCGCAGUUGAUCUUGCGCUCAAUGACGUCCUCCUGUAGUACACAAGUGUCAACUUAUUAGCUACUGCACCACCAG